AUGGUUCGAGAUGGCCGACAACUUCCUAUUGACGUGACCAUGGUUCCUACACCAGUUCGAUUGCUCAAAGGCAAGCCUAGGGUGGACACUGUGGAUUUCCCAGUUUUACUUCCAUCUACUUGGCUGCGAUUUAUGCUCAGUAUUGGUGGGGAGCUCAUAUUAGGAGGUCAUGAGCUUCACUCAGAGUCAGACUGGCGCGGCAUGUUCCGGAGCUUCUGGUCCAACUUCCAAAGGUCCCAGCCUGGGGUUGAUCUAGGGCAAAUUAGCCCCGACAUGGCUCUUCCAUUAUGUGUUCAUGGAGAUGAAGGUCGGGGAAGAGCUAAGCGCCCCAUAAUGUGCAUAUCGUUCCAACCAAUGAUAAGCCACCUGGGACCUGCUGUGACAAACACAUCUGGGCACAGCUUUGCCAGUCGAAUGCUGUUCACAGUAGUUCCUUCACAGAUGUACACCACAAACACUUUGGAUGUGUUGCUGGAAGCUCUGGUCAGUGAUUUGGAGUCUCUUUUCUCUGAUGGCCUUGAAGUGUCUAGGGCUGAGCUCUAA